AUGGCGCCGGUGCGCUGCCUUCUGCCGCUGCUGCCCGCCCUGGCGCUCGCCCUGGUGCCCGGAGGAGCGCUCUGGCUGGCCGGCCGGUCCUUGUACGGCACUGAUGAGGAGCGCUGGCUGGGCGCAGUUGCCUGGUGCUGCUUGGAAAAUUUCCAAUUGGUGGAAAACUGGGCUCUGAAGCAGUGGCCGAAUUCUUCUGAGAGCCACAAUUGUGCCAAAAGCAUCUUGACCUCAGACAGGCUGCAGAUAGUUGUGACCCUUUCGGAGUUCUUUAACGAAACCUGGGAGGCAGCCAACUGUGCAAAUUGUUUAAAGAACAGCAGUGAGGGAUUAUCAAAUUCUACUGUAGAAUUCCUGGAUUUAUUCAAUAAAUCUCUGACAUGUUUUGAACAUAACCUUCAGGGACAAACCAUCUAUCUGUCACCCAAUAACUACACAGAAGUAUGUAAAAACUGCAACGAAACCUACAAAAUGUUGAAUGACCUGUAUAACAACUUGCAAAGGAUGAACAGGCAAGGUGGUGAGUCUGGGCACUCCACGCACUUGUGUAUCGACGUGGAGGAUGCAAUGAACAUCACCCGGAAGCUUUGGAGCAGGACUUUCAACUGCUCGGUCCCCUGCAGCGACACGGUGCCGGUGAUCGCGGUGUCCUCCUUCAUCCUCUUCCUACCUAUCGUUUUUUACCUGAGCAGCUUCCUUCACUCCAAGCAGAAGAAGCGGAUCCUCAUUUUGCCCAAGCGCAUCCAGUCAAAUGCCAGUCUUGUGAACAUCCAAGAAAAAUACAGCUGAGCUGCAGAACAAAACCUGAGAACUGCUGCUGGUAUACAGUGGGUACAAUUGUGUUGGAAUGAGGCCGGCACAAAAGAGGAGUUAAUUAUGGUUUAGUGUAAUGAUACAGAGCAACACAAGUUAAACAAAAUGCUGUCUGACUUCUAAGCGAGGACAUUAACAAACAUGACAAGGCAGGGCUGUGUGACACUGUAUGGACUCUGGUUUUGAAAAAUCUGUGGGCUUUUUUUUCAGUCUCGGGCUGAAGCUGGUGUUUUUCUGUUUCUAAGCUUUUGUACUUCUCAUCCAUAGAACAGCUACACUUUGCUUGCAUGGUGUUUUUCCAUAUUUAUUGUAUUCAUUUCACAGAAACCUGAGAUUCUGAAUCCUUUUGAGGUAAUUUUCAUAGACAGACAAAACUUGAAAUAAUAUUUGAUGUUCCUGCUUGAAACAAUAUGUUUAAUUUCACAUAUAAUACUCAGUCUUGCCAGACUUGGGAUGGACAGAAAACCUUUGAGAAAGAUCGGUACAGGAAAGAUGAGAACUUUUCUAAAUUGAUGCUGCUGGUAUCUGUUAAAAAACAAAACACCAAAAAACCAAAAGGCAUGAAAUAUGCAGAGAAAGUGGUAAUAUAUCAUGUCCAAAGCCAGAAACAAAAACUGCUAGUGCUAGACUUGAAUAGUAAUCAUUGAUGGCUACAGUAUUCAGUUAUCUCUGAAACAGGCGGCGUAUUUAGUCAUUUGCACACUUUAACCACUAAAAUCAUUGCUUUUCAAAUGUUAAAUUAUCAGAUGCUUAUUUUAGAUGUCUACUUGGGUAACUGAGUGCUUCACUGUUUAUUAUGUUAUUUCCUAUACUUUUUAAUUAUAAGGUUGGUGUUUUUUUUUUUUCAUUUGUUCUUGCUUUUGGGGGGAAGUGAGGUAAAGUCAAGUCACUGGAGAUGCUGAAUUUCCUGGUCUAGAGCUUGCUAUGGCGUAAUACAGAGGUGUUUACAGGAACUUUGUAGGGGAAAAGUUACCUUUUCUAGAUAAUAUGUAUUUUAGUGGUAAACGAACCAGAGGGUUCUCUACCUUAAAAACUGUCCAGUGAAGACACUGUGUUGGGAAUUGAUGGCUUUCAAGAAAUAGUUCUAAAAACAAGGCCUGUGAAAUAGAUGAAUGUAAACAAAUUCAAGCUUGGAGAUUUCCAAAGCUGAUGGAGAAAUCCACAGGGUCAGGACUGGGAUGGGUAGUGCUGCUGAGGGGCUUUGGGCACCCACGGUUCAGUUGGGUUGUGAUGGGCCUGAUUUGGGAGAGUGGUGGGCUCGAAACGAUUUAUAGCUGUGCUGGAGGUUAAUGAAUCUUUGCUCACAUUUUAAAAUGUGUUUUCUAACCGUGAGACAAAAAUGAAUGGCCAUUACAGAAUGGUCAUUAAAAAAAAAAAAUUCUCUUGGAACUUGUGUCUGACGUCUGUCAAAAAACCCUGUGAAACAGUCUUAUGUAUUUGACUUGCUUUGGAGCCUAGAAUGUUCAAUUUUUCCUUUGCACUAAGGCUCAAAUAAAUAUGUAAUGAUGUAACAAAACAGUCCUGAAGCUCUUCAAGUCGUUGGUUGUUUUUCUUGUUAUUCUUUGUGGGUUUUUUGAGUUAGGACAUACUGUCAAGUUUUAAAAUCAGGCUGACAGUAUGUUUCUUAUUAAGUAAAAUACUGUGUUAGCAAUAUUGGUCCCACUCACACCAUUACCUUUUUGUAUUUUAUCACUAAGAAGUGUUUAUCUCCCUCUGUUAAACCUGUGAAUUACUAGGUCAACAGUCAGUUUGUUUUAGGUAGUUUAUAAGAAUAAUAGAAAACUCUUGCUUAUUAUAUAAAGUUACCUUCUUGCGGCUGGGAGAAGCAUGCUGCCUUUAAAAAAAAAAAAAGAUUAUUUUUUUAUAUCUCUUACUCUUAAACUUCAACUUUCUGGGACUUACCCAGCUGCCUGCUCUAAUAGCAUUACAUUGAUUUGGGACAUCAUAUGAUUGAGAGCUGUUCAAAGCGAUCUUUCAUUCGUGCAGAUAAAGCCAGUUUGUAUGCACAGCAUUUCAGAAUGACAGCUUUUAUACUGUAAGCAGUGGCUUUUUGAGCACAUUCAUGUUAAGUAGGUCUGAAAGUCAUUACUUUUGGAUAUGGUGGUUAAGCACUUUAAAAAAAAAAAAUAAAAAAAUCAGCUUUUCUUAUUUUCCUGGCUGCUAAGCCAAACGGAAAUACUCAUGUGACUUUUGUUGUUUUUUAUUUUAAAGCAGCAGUAAAGUUUACACUUGAGAUUUUUAAUGUUAAUCUACUGUUUUCUCCCUUUUCUUUUUUUUUUUCUUUCCACCCAACUUUGUACUACUAACUUUCUUUACACAGUAUUCUAUUUUUGGUAGGAUAUUUCAUAUAUAAAUCGAUUGAAUACUCUUUAUACUCUGUUUCCUAUAGAAGUGUUGGAAGCACACAGACUGUGUUGAAGGAGAACUAGAGUUCUUUUUGCUGCUAGCCUUUCAUCUUGGUUUAUUUUUGCCUUUUUUGGUAUUGUAUGUACUAAAUAGGGUGAACUUUGAAAUACUGGUUGUUUGUACCUUUUUGUGCAAAUAAAGAUUUCUUACGGUGGGGUAGCACUUUGAUUCAUAUUUAUACUUGCUAGGAAACCUCUAAACAUGGAAAGUCAGCUCUAAUAAAGACUGUCAAUAAACAGUGAA